AUGUCUACGAAGAAAAAAACACCACGUAAAGGAAAGAAGGGAAAAGGAAAAGUUUUGGUACCAAAAUGGAAAUUAUUUCGAGCCAAGGAACCACUUCUUUCGGUAUUCAUGUGGGGAGUGAAUCAUUCGAUCAGCGAAUUACUACAUGUUCCACCUCCAGGGUUGCUGAUGCCUGAUGAUUUUAAAGCCUCGAUUAAAAUUAAAAUUGACAAUCAUUUCUUUAACAAAGAUAAUAUGCCAAGCCAUUUCAAGAUCAAAGAUUAUUGUCCUAAUGUGUUCCGAAAUCUUCGAGACCAUUUUGGUGUUGAUCAAAAUGAAUAUUUACGUUCGCUAACAUAUAGUGAACCGGAACCAGAACUGGAUCAAGUAGACAAAAGUGGCUCACGUUUGUUUGUUUCACACGAUAAGAAAUUUGUGAUAAAAUCAAUGGAUUCGGAAGCAGUUGCCGAAUUGCACUCAGUUCUCAGAUCAUAUCACGAAUAUGUAGUAGAAAAACAUGGCAAAACCUUACUUCCACAGUUUUUGGGUCUAUAUCGUCUCACUGUUGAUGGUAGUGAAACAUAUUUGAUUGUAAUGCGCAAUAUCCUUGGUCGAAAAUAUGCCGUCCAUCGUAAAUAUGAUUUGAAGGGUUCAACUGUACAGCGGCAAGCAACUGAUAAGGAAAAAACGAAGGAACUUCCAACACUUAAAGAUAAUGAUUUCUUGGAAGAUAAGUACAAAUUAAUACUGCCGGCCGAUGCGCGUGAAAAAUUACUUUCAAUGUUACGUGAUGAUGCCGAAUUCUUAGCAAGAAUGCACUUAAUGGAUUAUUCGCUUCUUGUUGGUAUCCAUGAUAUGGACAAGGGUGAGCAAGAGGCAGCAGGCCAACAACCAGCCGAACCUUCUGAAGGUGAAAUUUCAGGUGAUGAACUUGUUCCAACGCCACCGGAUUCACCGUUGCCAUUAACAGGUGCAUUUGCGCCAAUCCCAUCCGGUGGACCAGAUCUUGAUGAUGAGUUUUAUGCAAUCCCAAGUAGUCCAGAAAGCGAUAAGCGGUUAAUAUAUUUCAUUGGCCUUGUGGACAUCCUCACUUAUUACGGAGUUAAAAAGAAAACCGCGUCAGCUGCUAAAGCUGUUAAGUACGGUUUAGAUGCGGAUAAUAUAUCAACGGUGAAACCUGACCAGUAUGCGCGCCGAUUACUUGAUUUCGUAAGCAAUGCUGUCAAUUUUAAUACGGAAUCAGCGGCGGUAACCCGUUAG